AUGAGACAAGCAGGUGCAUAUUCAAGUUUACUAAGUGGAGGAAUAUCAGGAAGAACAGGUCCACAUUCAUUACCAUUAGCAAGAAUAAAGAAGAUAAUGAAAAACUCUAGCGAAGACGUGAAGAUGAUAUCAGGUGUAGCUCCAAUUGUUUUCUCUAAGGCUUGUGAGCUUUUCAUUGAAGAAAUUACUAGGAGGUCUUGGAUUAUGGCGAUUGAUGGUAAAAGAAGAACUUUGAAUAAAGAAGAUGUUGCUUCUGCUGUUAUUGCUACUGAUGUUUUCGAUUUUUUGAUCACUUUGGUUUCUGAUUCUGAGAGUGGUUUAGUUGGUUGUGAUGAUGAAAAUGAUGACACUGUCAUGCAAAUGGAAACUAUUUGA